GUCUGAGGUCCUGUCAAGCGAUAACAUUUCUGAUAAAGAACUGAGAUCACUGCAAACUAACCCUCCUUUUCCAUCCAGACUCAGGCGUUUUAAAUAUUAUACACAGUCACCCUGAUUCCACGUGCACAGGCGAGAUUCGAAAUCUUAUAUCCCCUCUAACAAAAAAAUAAUAAUAGCCUACCCCGAGAUCUACAAACAAACAACACAAAGACGGUUUAUGGCUUACGCCAAAGCUCCACCAUCUUUCAGACUGCAAAGACUAUUGCAAUUUAAUCAACAGAGAGAGAAGCGUUGUGACGUGUGCUGCACUGGAACCCAGGACUGCUAUGACCUGUGACCUCUGAAGACACAAGUGGAAGAAGAGGGACAACUUUUAGAAACUUCGGAAAGACCCUGCCAACAACAACAACAACAAGACCAAAGAAAAGACAAUGGAAUAAAGUCAUCUCCAUCAUGGACGUGGAAUAAAGGAUACCUCAGUCAAGAACCAGGCCAAGGACUCUGGAUGUUGUUCCUAGUCUGAUAUCUCUCUCCCUGUGGAAUCUGUGCUGAUAAUGCGCUAACCCAAUGCUCAGCAGAGAUAUGGUGCGGAAAAAGAACCCCCCUUUGAGAAGCUUCGGUGGUGAGGAAGAAGGAGAAGGUGAGGCUCUGGCCGCGGAGGCCACCGGGCCGGAUAGCGAGGAAAGUGCCGGGAGCCGGGCCUCAGAGCCCAACGGUGGCGACGGGCUGCUGCCUGCCGAACCGGGCCGGGCCCACGUGCCGGUCCCAGACGAGCAGGAAGACCCCUCCUCCUCCCCGGGCUCCGUCUCAGGCUCCAUCAAACGGGACGGAGGAGGGAGGGGCGGCGGAGGAGUGGGAACAGCGGCGACAGUCAACAGCGACAGGCCUGGCUUUAAUUACCCUAGCCACAAGAAGGGAGGAAAUGUAGCGUCCUUCCCCUGCCACGAGGUGACAGACUCAGAUCUGCCGGCGCUCCCAUCCUGGGCCCGGCCCGACGGGGCUGUGUCUCUGUCUCCGCUCAGAUCAGAACCAGAUGAGGGGGACGGGGGACAGGCACGCAGCCCGGCGGGGGAGCUGCUGCUGGGGGAGAGGGUGGAGGCCGGGGAGGGAGGAGGGAGAGAAAGGGUGGGUGUCAGGGAGGGGCUGCUGCUGGGCGCCCGAGGGAGGGGCGUCAUCGUCCAGGGCGUCACCAGUAACGGGGAGGACAAGGACCCCUUCUACAGCCUCAAAGGGGGGCUCUCAGGCCACCAGGACGGGGUGGAGGGCUCUGGAUAUCCCUUGCUACGCCCCCUCCACCCACACAAGGGGGCAGGCGAGGGGGCCGAGAACAUCACGCCCAGCCCCCUGGGGGCCGAGACAGGGGUAGCCCCGCCCUCCUCUCCCAAAUUGCAGGACUUCAAGUGCAACAUCUGUGGGUACGGUUACUACGGGAACGACCCCACGGACCUGAUCAAGCACUUCCGGAAGUACCACCUGGGCCUGCACAACCGCACGCGGCAGGACGCAGAGCUGGACACUAAGAUACUGGCCCUGCACAACAUGGUGGGCUUCUCCCCACAGAGCCAACAUGCCAAAGAUGCUACACGGCCCCCGUCACACGCCACCCUAACCGGGGCGCUACAGGACUCUACAGGGUCCCCACGCUUGUUACUUAACGGCACCUACGACAUACAGGUGACGCUGGGAGAUACCUUCAUCGGCAUCGGGAGGAAGACUCCGGACUGUCAGGGAAACACCAAGUACUUCCGCUGCAAGUUCUGUAACUUCACCUACAUGGGCAGCUCCUCAGUCGAGCUGGAGAAACACUUCCUUUCUGCCCACCCCAACAAGAUGAAGUCCCACCUCCCGCCGCUGCCGAACGACGACAAGCCCUCGGAAAGGAAGGGGAACUGUGUGACACGGGGCGGUAGCGUGGAGGCGGCGGAACCGGGAAAGUGGGCUGACCGGGUGGCGGUCCGUGCGGAGGACGACUCGGUGGCUGGUUACUCCGUCCCCAUUCACGCCACAGACUCGCCUGGCUGGACGGGGUCCGACGGCGGGGCCACAGCGGUGGCCUAUUACUGGUGUAAGUACUGCAGCUUCAGCUGUGAGUCGCCCAGCUCACAACGCCUCCUGGAGCACUAUGAAAAGAGGCACAACCAGCCUGGAGGAGGAGGAGGAGGAGGAGGGGGGACCAGGGAGGGCAGCCCAGCCGAGAGGGAGCGAGGGAGUAGCAAAGCCAGGGACGGAGAGAGAGACCCCGAACGAGGACUGACCCCCCACAGCCGGAGGAAAGACAAGACAGGAAUGAGUGGCUCGAUGGGCGCAACGGACCCGGAGACGGUGGUGACCAGCUACAACUGCCAGUUCUGCGACUUCCGCUACUCCAUGAACCACGGGCCUGAGGUGAUCGUGGUGGCACCGCUGCUCCGCCACUACCAGCAGGCCCACAGCAUCCACAAGUGCACCAUCAAGCACUGUCCAUUCUGCCCACGCGGCCUCUGCAGCCCCGAGAAGCACCUGGGGGAAAUCUCCUACCCGUUUGCUUGCAGAAAGAACGCAUGCUCCCACUGCGCCCUCCUCCAGCUGUCCCCCCAGGGCAGCCCCCCAUCUCCCAGGCCCAGCGUCACACACUUGUGUGACCAGUGUCCCUACGCCACCAGCGACAUCGACCUGCUUCUGCUGCACUACGACAGCGCCCAUGCCACCCACGGCGUGCUUGAGGUCAAGCCCGAGCAGGAGGGAGCCGAAAUGGGUAGGAACUCGGCGCCCAAGGGCCCUCACGGGGAGCAGUCAUGUACCAAGUGCCAUUUCAUCACAGAUGUGGAGGAGGAAAUCUUCCGUCACUACAGGAGAGUUCACGGCUGCUGCCGGUGCCGCCACUGCAGCUUCACGGCCUCAGACACCUUGUCACUGCUGGAUCACUUCAACACGGCCCACUGCCAAGAGACCUCUGCCUCCUCCUCUCAUCUCUCCGCUUCCUCCGUCACCACCAACGGCUGCUCCGCCACCACCCCCUCCACCCUCAGCAUCAAGGAGGAGAGCAAGGGCGACCUCAAGCUCUACAAUCUGGUUCCCCCGGAGGGCCGUGCCGCCGAGGCAGGGCCCGGGGCCGAGGGGGUGAAGAGCGAGGCCCUGGACGAGAAGGAGGCCCAGGGGUCCAAGGGCUGGAUGGAGGCCAGAGAGGCCCAGGUCCAAGCCCACGCAGCAGGCCUGGUGUGGGUGCCUAAGGAGCGGGCCGGGGACGUCUUGAUGGGUAGUCCGGCCCAGUUCCCCCAGGGCGGCCUGAGUCUACUCAACGCCGUGGCUGCCUCCCAGGAGCACCACCAGAAGCAGAAGGGGGGGUCGGCGGUGCUCAGGGACUCCCCAGGCCUGGUGUUCAGUCUGGGGGGGGUCGACACCAAGGCCUUCCUUCCAGGACAGACUCCCGGUGGGGCUGACAAGUCUGGGCAUCUGGCGCAGCAGUACUCCUCACCCACCGAAGGCAAGGCCAAGGAGGAGUCCCAGUCACUCCUACGGAGACGUCGAGGCUCGGGGGUGUUUUGUGCCAACUGCCUGACCACCAAGACCUCGCUGUGGAGGAAGAAUGCCAACGGGGGAUAUGUGUGCAACGCGUGUGGCCUCUAUCAGAAGCUCCACUCGACUCCCCGGCCGCUGAACAUCAUCAAGCAGAACAACGGCGAGCAGAUCAUCCGCCGGCGCACGCGGAAGCGCCUCAACCCCGACCCUCUGCCCUCCGAACCCGUGGGCUCCAAGCAGCAGAGGGUCAACAGCGAGGAGCGCCUCAACGGCAGUCCCCUGGAGCGCCGGCCAGGAGAGGAUGGGCCAGGCUCGGACGGAGGGCCCGUCCCUCGCCCCGUCCCUCGCAGAGGGGAGCCCCCGAACGCCCUGGGCAAGUACGAGGCCUACGGCUCCUCUGGGGCAAAGAGCCACCCCAGCCCCCGCUCCACCCAUGCCUUCCUAGUUAGCCAGACCCUGGAGAUCCACAAGCGAUUGCCUCCUUUGCACAUACACAACAAGAACCCUGCGGAGGGAGGGGCGGAGGGGAACGGGGUGGGCUCAACCGGGGUCCAUCACACGGGCUUGGAGGGGAAGGGCAGCUUGUCCUCCGAGAGGGGUAGCCCCAUCGAGAAGUACAUGCGUCCCUCCAAACAGGCCAGCUACUCGCCACCGGGCAGUCCCAUCGAGAAGUACCAGUACCCGUUCUUAAGCCUGCCCUUCAUCCACAACGACCUGCAGAGCGAGUCCGACUGGAUGCGCUUCUGGACUAAGUACAAGAUGUCUGUUCCGGGCAACCCACAGUACCUAGGUCACAUGCCUGGUCUGCCCAACCCUUGCCAAAGCUUUGUGCCUUACCACACCUUUAACUUACCCCCACACUACCCUCUCACGCCCUCCACCGGCCCCGAAAGCGACAUCCCUCUUGACCUGGCCAUCAAACAUUCCAAACUGCCCCCCACCGCCAACGGCUCCACCGCCUCUGCCAUUACCGUCAAGGAGAGAAGUAGCAGCGCCGACAAACGGGCCUUGCCCACGGUCCCGGCGGAGAAGGAGGAAGAGAAGCAUAGAGAGCAGCAGGGGAGAAGAGAGGACAAAGUAGAAGAGGGGGCAUCCCCCCAGCCUCCUCCUCCGCUAGACAUUGCAGCCAAGCCGGAGAGGGUGGACCAGGGCACUCAGGAUGAGCUGACCAGUAAGGAGAGGGUGGACCAGGGCACUCAGGAUGAGCUGACCAGUAAGGAGAUGUUGGACCAGGGCACUCAGGAUGAGCUGACCAGUAAGGAGAGGGUGGACCAGGGCACUCAGGAUGAGCUGACCAGUAAGGAGAUGUUGGACCAGGGCACUCAGGAUGAGCUGACCAGUAAGGAGAUGUUGGACCAGGGCACUCAGGAUGAGCUGACCAGUAAGGAGAGGGUGGACCAGGGCACUCAGGAUGAGCUGACCAGUAAGUGCGUCCACUGUGGCAUCCUCUUCCUGGAUGAGGUUAUGCACGCCCUGCACAUGAGCUGCCAUGCUGACGCAGGGCCCUUCCAGUGCAGCAUCUGCCUGCACGCCUGCACAGACAAGUAUGACUUCACCACACACAUACAGAGAGGGCUUCACCUGCCAACCGCCGAAGCUGAGACUGAGGCCGAGGCUGAGGCCGAGACAGAGGCCGUUGCUCCAAAGGACUCUGUGUGAUUUUGGUGCACCACAGACUUGGACUUCUAGCACAGGCAUAGCAGUAUGAAAAAUAAGAAAAUAAACUGACAAACGCGACGUACUGUAAUGAUUGAAUGAGAAGAAGACUUCUCGCUCAACGUGAUAGCUUCUGUAGGGAACUCAUAUCAUCUAAACAUUUAUAUUGGACAUAAUACUUUUUUUUUUUUCUUCUGUUUUUGUAAAGGAAAACGCAUUUGAAGAAAAUGGUACUACAAGUAGCUGCUUAUUUUUAGUUUUUUGCUAUUGUUUAUUUUUUAUUUGGAAGUGUAACUAUGACAAGGCAGUUCAGCGAACAACAAGGUACAUCUGCACAUGUUUUGGGGAUUCGUUUAUUAUGCAGUGGGUUGGAUGUUCUUUUUCCUGGUUGGUUCAAUGUUCCAAAUGGAAUGAGGAAGUGUGAAUUGAUAUGUAAAAUGGGGAGAUGGGAAACGUCAGUCGUCUGUCAUAAUCUCCUUCACGGUGGAUGGGCAGAGCGAUGACGAGUGAUUGGAUCGUCCUCAAAUAAACGUCCUCAGGGAACGCCCGUGGCUGUGUCAAAAAAACAUAUCCUACAAUGGUUUCAGUCGCAUUGGUCUCCACUUAACAUCCAACUAAGUGUCUUAUGUUUUAAUGUAUUUUUGUUAUGGAUACAGUUUGGUCUUUUUUUGGGGGGGGGGGGGAGUUCUAUUGUCACAGAACUUCCUCUAGACAUUUUAAGCUGCUGCCUUAGUUGCUAGGAUGCAAACCUUAUAUCACUAAAGACAUUUGAGAAGGAAGAAAAAUGCAAAAAUUAAUAUUUUUUUCUAAGUUGUUAAUAUGAAAAAUUCAUAAUAUCAGUGCCUGAUAUAUUGAACAAAGUAUUUUCUACAUGGUAUGUUGAUAUGCAACAUCGACUUUGCAUUGAGUAAAGGGCAACGAGCCUGGCUCUGCUAAACUGUUUACAUUUGCAAAUGUAGCAAACAAGGUAAUGAAGCAAAAUGCCUGCAAUUCAGAGUAUUUUUCUCUCACGAGGACAGGACGAUCACGUAACAAAACAGAGGCCUUUUUGUCAGAAGGUUGAAUGGGAGAUGAAAUGCAGUCAAAUGAUUUGUUUUGUUUGUUUCAUUGGCACGGAGGCACUAUCCAUUCCAUGUCUUUCUUUGUGUGCUCCUACACUUUGCAAUGCUUUAUUGUCUAUACAAAUGCUCUGUAUUGGACUUUGUUCAUCCUGGAUGUAUGUUUUUUUUUUUUUUUUUAAGAGAAGCUGCUAUACUGUAGCUUGGUCAUAAGUCAUGUUCUGUGAGCUUUAUAGCUUUGAGCAUCAUAGGUUUUACUAUCCAGGUAUUUCAACUUACUAUACCGUACACAAGGCCCCAUUGUUUGUAUGUCUAUUGAAUUUAAAUUUAUAUAAUACUCUAAUAUUUGGCUUUGAUUUGAACGUAGCAUGAAAUUCUACUUGUUCCAUGGACAGGUGAAACAGGUGCCUUUUGACAGAAAGAAGCCAUUGAAUAUCAACAAUGUUGAGUGCUUUUUUCAACAAAUUAGCUGUAGUGUAACACCUCAACCUGGAUGAUGGCCUUGUAGUCCAAGCAUUUGACAUUAUGUAGAUAGAUGAAUGCCAUUUAAGCGACAAAACAAAUGUUACUUCCACACAGUUACCACACAGCAACAUUAUCCCUCUAUUUAGCUUGUUAGUAUUUUGCUAGUAGACGACGUGUUUCGCCUCUAAAAGACUCUCAUUCAUGUGUUUUUUUGCCCCUCUCUCUCUCUCUCUCUCUCUCUCUCUCUCUCUCUCUCUCUCUCUCUCUCUCUCU